UGAGCAUAACGCCUCAGUCCCUUUGUGGCCACGGAGGGAGGAGGUACAUGUUGCAUAUUCCCUCCCCCUCUUUUUUUUAAGCUCUUUCUCACUCUGCGCGUCCCGAGGCUGUGUUCUUACUGUAUCCGCGAGCUUUGUGGACCCUUGAUGUGUGUGUGAACCACGGGAUAAAUGUCAGAAGCUGUGAAUUCCUUGUCGCCGCCCAGCAAACGCCCUCGCCUGGAAACUAGUGUCAACGGGACCGCGACCAUGGCUGCAAAUGGCGCAGGGCAGGACAUUGAUGAGUCGCUAUACUCGCGGCAGCUCUACGUGCUGGGUCAUGAUGCCAUGCGGCGGAUGGCCUCCUCCGAUAUCCUCAUAUCAGGCCUCGGAGGACUUGGUGUUGAGAUCGCUAAAAACGUCAUCCUGGGAGGCGUGAAGUCGGUGACGCUACAUGACACCAAGAAUGCCCAACUCAGCGACCUCAAUUCCCAGUUCUUCCUUACGGAAGCAGAUGUUGGGGUGAACAGGGCCACAGCAUCCCACCAGCGGCUGUCUGAACUAAACACUUAUGUCCCUAUCUCAGCCUCAACCAACCCCAUCACGGAUGACUUCCUUAAGAAUUUCAGGGUGGUGGUCUUGACAGACUCACCACUGGAGGAACAGCUGCGUGUCUCUGCCUUCUGCCACAGCCAUGACAUUGCCCUCAUCAUCGCCUCCACCAAGGGACUCUUUGGACAGAUUUUCUGUGAUUUUGGGGAGAGCUUUGAAGUGGUGGACACAAAUGGAGAGACGCCAGUAUCUGCCAUGGUGGCCGGGAUAACUAAAGAGGAGAGCAGUGUGGUGACCUGCCUUGAUGAGUCUCGCCACGGCCUGGAGGACGGGGACUAUGUGACCUUCUCCGAGGUGCAGGGCAUGACUGAGCUCAACGGGUGCAAGCCCAUCAUGAUAAAGGUGCUGGGACCCUUCACCUUCAGCAUCGGGAACACCACCCAGUUCUCAGACUACGUGAGGGGAGGAAUUGUAACACAGGUAAAAAUGCCCAAGAAAGUCCAGUUCAAGUCCCUGGAGGAGGCAAUGAAGGAGCCGGAGUUUGUGAUGACGGACUUUGGCAAGUUUGACCGCCCGGGGAUCCUGCAUAUAGCAUUCCAAACCCUCCACGCCUAUGUCAAGAAGCACGGAUCGCCGCCCAAGCCCUGGAGUGAGGAGGAUGCCAACACUUUCUUGGAGCUUUUCAAGGAGAUGAACUCUGCCAGCCCAGCCAAGGUGGAGGAGCUUGAUGAGAACUUAGUGAAACAGUUUGCCAAGGUUUGUGGGGGUGGCUUGGUGGCCAUGGAUGCUGUUAUUGGUGGCAUUGUGGCUCAGGAGGUGAUGAAAGCCUCCUCGGGUAAAUUUAGCCCCAUCAAGCAGUGGCUGUACUUUGAUGCCCUUGAGUGCCUUCCUGAGGACACUGCCUCCCUCACUGAAGAUGUCUGUGCCCCCACUGGGACACGCUACGACACGCAAGUGGCUGUGUUUGGGAAGGAGUUCCAGGAGAAGUUGGGUCGCCAGAAAUUCUUUGUGGUUGGUGCUGGAGCCAUCGGGUGUGAGCUGCUGAAGAACUUUGCCAUGCUGGGUCUUGGUGCCAGAGAGGGUGGCCAGGUCGUAGUGACUGACAUGGAUCUAAUUGAAAAGAGUAACUUGAACAGACAGUUUCUCUUCCGUCCAUGGGAUGUCCAGAAGCCCAAGGCCGACACAGCAGGCGCAGCCGUGAAGAAGAUGAACCCAGAGGUGAACAUUAUUGCCCACCAGAACAGAGUUGGUCCAGAGACUGAGCGACUAUACGACGACACUUUCUUCGAGGCCCUGGACGGGGUGGCCAAUGCCCUGGACAACGUGGAGGCUCGCCUCUACAUGGACAGGCGCUGCGUCUACUACCGCAAGCCCCUGCUAGAGUCAGGUACCCUUGGCACCAAGGGCAAUGUGCAGGUGGUAGUGCCGCAUCUCACUGAGUCCUACGGCUCCUCGCAGGACCCACCAGAAAAGUCCAUUCCCAUCUGCACCCUUAAAAACUUCCCCAAUGCUAUCGAGCAUACCCUGCAAUGGGCUCGGGACAUGUUUGAGGGGGAGUUCCGCCAGGCAGCAGAGAACGCAGCUCAGUACCUCCUGGACCCUAAGUUUAUGGAGCGUGCCCUCAAGCUGCCAGGCUCCCAACCCGUUGAGACCCUAGACAGCGUGAAGCGGGCCCUUGUGGACGACCGACCACAGACCUUCGAGGACUGUGUGCUGUGGGCCAGAAAGAGCUUUGGUGAGCAGUUCAACAACCAGAUAGUACAACUCCUCCACAACUUCCCCAAGGACCAAACCACCUCCAGUGGGGAGCCCUUCUGGUCUGGGCCCAAGCGGUGUCCACACAACAUAAAGUUUGACUCCAACGUUGACCUUCACCUAGACUACAUCAUUGCCGCUGCCAACCUGAAGGCAGAAGUGUACGGCAUUGAGCAGGUGAGGGACCGUCAAGCCGUGCAAGACAUGGUGGACAAGAUUGACAUCCCAGAGUUUGUUCCGAGGUCUGGUGUUAAGAUAGCGGUGACGGACGCUGAGGCGGAGGCCCAGAGCAACCAGGUGGACAGUGAGCGCAUCUCUACCUUGCAAUCUGCCAUCCCUGCAGCCUCAAGCUUUGGCUCACUCAAGCUGACACCGCUUGACUUUGAGAAGGAUGACGACUCUAAUUUCCACAUGGACUUCAUUGUGGCUGCCUCAAACCUGCGGGCCGAGAACUAUGACAUUGCCCCAGCCGACCGCCAUAAGAGCAAGCUCAUCGCCGGGAAGAUCAUCCCCGCCAUUGCCACCACCACUGCCCUGGUCUCAGGUCUGGUCUGCCUGGAGCUCAUCAAGCUUGUCCAGGGUCACCGCAAGCUGGAGCUCUUCAAAAAUGGCUUUGUCAACCUGGCCCUUCCCUUCUUUGGGUUCUCCGAACCUAUCAAAGCCCCAACUAAUAAGUAUUAUGACAAGGAGUGGACUCUGUGGGACCGGUUUGAGGUGGACGGGGAGAUGACUCUUGAGAAGUUCAUCAAGUACUUCGAGGAGGAGCACCAGCUGGAGAUCACGAUGCUGAGUCAGGGUGUGUCCAUGCUGUACUCCUUCUUCAUGCCCCCAGCCAAGAGAAAUGAAAGGAUGGCCCUUCCGAUGUCUGAGGUGGUGAAGAAAGUGAGCAAAAAGAAGAUUGAGCCUCACGUGCGUGCUCUGGUGUUGGAACUUUGUGCAAACGACAAAGAUGGUGAGGAUGUGGAGGUUCCGUAUGUGAAAUAUAAUCUGCCCCAGUAAGCAGUGCACAUCCGGGCCUUGAUGGAGCACCUUGGGGGUUAGCAACGGAGAACCUGGCGCUGCUUUUAGCCAGCACCCACGUGGAGUAGAGUUCUGUCAUGCUCUUCCCUGAUCAAGCAAAGUUUCUUACAGAGGACACAGAACAUUCUGCUCUGACUGUUUCUUUGGAAGACUGAAUCUGAUGACUGUCAUUUGCACAUGGACAGGUACAGGUGGAACAGUGGAACAAUUAAACAUAAAUGAGAUCUAUGUAAAGUAUAACUAAAGAGCUUGUGACUGUAAGAAGUAGUAUUACAUGGUACAGCAUACUGAGAGGGGAGGUAAGUUAUGAAUCCAGCAUUUCAUCAUUUCUAAAGUACUGCAUCUGCAAGGAAAAUCUUUGCUCCAAACAGAGGGAAUAAUAACUUAAUCCUCACCAAUUAAAAGUACUGUAACCAACUAUUAUUCACAUUGGAGUAACUGAUAUCAGUAUGGAGCAUAAGUAAUGAAAAAUCACACUAGUUGUAAAGGAAGAAUUAAAACAAAUGUGCAACAGAAAAAAAAUGUAGUGGAGAGGAAGCAUAGGUCUAGAGAGCAUUUUUGCCUGAAAUAAAAGUAAUUGCUCCUGUUGUACAAUUUUUUUUGUCAUUGGGAGAGAAUUUAAGUAAAUACGAGUAACCUGAGCAUGUGUAUGGCAGGCAGCUAAGUGCGAGGGAGAGGGAGAGUGGGAAGGAGAGCGAGGGAGAGGGACAGGGAGCAUAUACUUGCCCCCGCCACCCCACCCACCCCUUACCCACCACUGCAUAUAGACAAGGUUACUUGGUCCCUCGAUAUUAUAAGAUUGACUGCAAUACCCUUAAGUGCUACAAUUUAAGUCAAAAGGAGGAGUGGAUGGACACUUUUUAUUAAGUAGUUCAGUGCAAGUGUUGAGUGAGUGUUUUAUUUUUUUGUAUUGCUUCAUCUCUGCUUGGUACCCAUGAUGAUACAUAUUAAACUGUGAUUUAACAUAU